CAUCUCCUGUUCGCACUGCGGCACAACCAAGGUCGCGCCUAACCGCUUCGAGGCGCAUCCUGCACUCGCGUCCGCAACAAAGAAGUAUAAUCAUCCACAAUUUCGCUUCUAUCCAUUACAUGAUGCUCGAAUCUGCUUCUAGAACUUGACCUUGCUCACGACGCCGUAGAACGCUUUGCCCUGUGCGUGCGCGAUCUCCAGCUCGAGAGCAGACGGCUGUCUGCUGCCGUCGGCCGACGCGAGGGUUCCGGAACCCCAUGGAGAUCCUGUGCAGUUCGUUACUUCUGAUCCUCGAACGAGCGUAGAUUGGAUGGUAGGAUGAAGAAAUGCGCAUCGUGUCGUGCGGCGAAAGGCAUCGAGAGCACAGAUGCAAACAUCGCCGACAUCUCGAACAGCAAAUAAUGGAAUCAUGGACGUGCAACUCACCACCGUGCACCUCGCUGAGGUUCGUCAGCUGGGCGAAAGUGUGUGCGUAGCCGAGGGGGACGAAGUUGAUGGAGUGGUGCACAUAGACGCCGAGCGUGUUCUGGAUCGUGGCUUCCUGCCCUCCGCCAAGACUGGCCGUGGCGACGAACGUGCCGGCGUACUUGCCCGCGAGGGCGCCAGUGGCCCACAGAUCGCUGGUGUUGUCCCAGAACGCCUGAUCAGAAAACACGACAUUAGCAGCAGCAGGCAUGGCGACAGAAGCGCGGCAGCGGGCUGACCUUCCACUGUGUGGGGAACGAACCGAAGCGGGUCGGGAUGCCCAUGAGGAAGGCGUCGAAGGUUGCCAGGGUAGCCCCGUCGAUGAUGGGGUAAUCGGGCUUGGCGGGUGCGGACAUUUUCUUCAAGACCUCAGCCGAGAGCGUCUCAGGGAUCCUGCGGGGGAUUUAAGCGCGCUGGAUGCGCUCAAGUGCGCGGGAUACGGACUGGAAGAUGGUUGCAUCGCCGCCCGCUUCCUUGAUACCCUCCUUAAUGGCCUCCGCCACUGAUUCCACGUCGUCAGGCGCAAUCUGUGCGGUCAAGAAGAAGAAAAGCGCACUUUUGGCGAUGUGGCCGUACAUGCUGUAGAUGACGAUGGCGAUCUUGGGCGAAGACAUAACUAGUGAGACGGGAGGAGGAGGACGAGUUCUGAGGUGCAGAAGCAGGCGCCAUGUCGCGCUUUUUAUUCCAAAUCCUGCGUGGGCGACUAACACAAUAGAUUAAUAAUUGAUCUGACCAACUACAAGCGCUCAUGUCAGGAUUUGAAUAUCUCUUAUCCUCCCUCCUGGUCGGCUCACAUGCUUGAUGUAGGGCAACCAGUCGCUUCUUCAGGAGCCGUUAAAGACGGAUCGAAAAAGCCC